CUGGUGGUUAAAAAUCUAGAACGACCUGAAAAUGUUGAUUAACAUGUAAAUUAGCGAUGCGAUAACUUAAUUAACAAGUCCUAAAACAAAUACUAAUAUAAGAAGGGGCCGUGUUGCAGUUGAAGUCAAUAAAUAUAUAUGUAAACAGGUCUUCAUCACAUUAACUAGUAAAGAAAAAUUUUAAAUAUGAGUAGAAAAUUAUUUAAAUUGUAUCAUUUACAUGAAAUUCUGUUGCAAUUUCUUAUUCAUUUCUAUUUUCCACCGUACCUAGCCCGCUAUAUAUAUAAAUGUUACAUCCUAGCUCUAUCAUUCUCAUUGUCAAAAAUCCAUUUCAUCCAUUAAAGCUAUAAAUAAGCUCUCUUUCAUCAUAUAUAUACUUCACAAAUCACAAUGACCAAUAACCAAAAUCGUCCCAACACAGUGAAAGAAAAAGAGUUAGAGAAGGAAAAAGAAAAGCUCAUGAAACUCCUUGGUUUGUCUCAUUCUAAAAUGUAUCUUCAUGAGCCAUCACCAUUUGAAAUUACUCCCACCCUAGGAAGCAACCUAGUUCCUCGGGAAAUAAAUACCAACAUCUUAGUUUACGCCAUUACUAUUGAUGUUGAAAUGGGUGCCGGAAGAUACCAGACAAAUAAUUUCCAACAUGGUAUCAGAACUAAUGUGAUCGAUGAUCUUGAGCUCCACACGGCAGCAAGGUGUGGAAACACCAAAGGAGCUCAAGAGGCGGUUGGUAAGAACAAGGGGCUGUUAUGUCACAAGGAUUCUCAGGGUGACAUACCCUUGCACCUCGCCGUGGAGAAUGGCCACAUGGAGUUGGCAUUUUUCUUGGUUAAGGAGCACCCACAAGGGUCCUACGCCUUGAAUCACUCUAAGAUCUCUCCUCUUUAUCUAGUUGUUUGUCGCAAGGAUUUGGACUUGGUCAAGGACAUGUUUUGUAGGUUGGCUAAAGAUGACAAAGCUCUUGACAAUUUAAAGAAAGGAAAAUCAAUUGUUCAUGUUGCCAUUGCAGAUAAUAACAAAGAAAUGUUGCAUACCAUAUUCAAAUAUCAACGCGAGCUAAUCAAGUGUACCAAUGAAGACGGAUUAACCCCUCUUUCUGAUGCAUCAUUAAAUGGUAAUCUUGACAUAGUUCGUUACCUUCUCAAAAAAUUUCCAAAUUCUAUAAGUUACCCCAACGACGAUAAGUCCAACCCCUUUCACAAGGCAGGCCUAGGAGGCCAUGUCGAGGUCUUAAAGGAGCUCUAUUCGAAUUCCAUAACUCGUGGAUUGUUGCUAGCCGGUGAUCAUCGUGGGCGAACUGUACUGCACCUUGCCGCUAAAGAACGCGACAACAAGUUGAGGGAUGUUGUCUCAUACUUGUUGAACCUAAAGGAGGGUAAGGACCUUAUCAAGAAGAAAGAUGAAAAUUUUCGUACACCCGGAGAUUUGGCCAAAAUGAGCUCAAACAAUCAAGUGGAACAACUUAUUAAGGGAAUUAAGCCUUAA